AUGGAGGCAGCCCACACUAUAGCGAUGUACGACGACAAUUCGUCUGGAAUAGCCCGGGCAGGGUUGAGGCAGACGGACCUGUCAGUCCAGCUCGAAAACUCAAACAAGAAGAAACACAGGAACAAGACGCAGAGCGUGCUGUACAACGGUGCGAUGGCCAAGAGCAAAAGCUCGUUGUUUGACGGCACGUCUUUGUUCAGCGAGGUGUCCAGCGGCGACUACCAGUCGAGCAACAACCAGGCAAGCCAGCAGCAGCAGCAGCAGCAGCAGCAGCAGCAGCAGCAGCAGAUGAUGAUGGCGAACCAGCAGAUGGCCAUGGCCCAGCAGGGGUACGCCGGGUACCCACAGGUGCAGUACAACGCUCAGAUGUACAGCAGCAGCAACCACAGCAACCCGAGCUUCCAGCAGGGGUACUACCCGCAGCAAGGCUAUUACGGCCAGGGACAGUAUCCAAACUACCAGCAGCAGCAGCAACAGAACUACCUGGGGGCGAACCAGGCAUAUCCGGGCUACCAGUAUGCCCCACAGCAACAACAACAGCAGCAACAGGGUGUCCGGGUGGCGAAACAGCGAAAAGGAAAGAAAGGCUUCAGAGAGUCAUACAUGUACUUGAACUCUGUGAACACGUCGGGCGAGCUCAUUAACAUGGCGCAGCAGCCGCAGGUGAACAUGCCGGUGGCCAACGGGUCCCCCACGCCCUCAUUGCAGAGACGGUUUUCCGCCCAGAACGGUGGCGUGGUGGGCUCUCCGAUGUCAAUGACGAACGACGAAAACGCUCGGAAACUAGCGUUUCCGACCAUAAUGAACGGGAUGGGCCACGCACUCAACGUCAACGACGGCGACCCUGCGAACUACGGCACCACCGUCAACGACUGGGAGUCGAUCGAUGAAGAUGACGACGAUGAAGAGGAUUACGAGGACGAGGACGAGGACGAGGACGUUGAUGAGAGCGAGUACGACAGUCUGUCGAAGGCCGAGCUCCAGAAGAUUCUUCUGAGCGUGAAGGGCGAGAACAAGGGGUUGAAGAAGAAGUUGAAGGACAUCGAGCUGGGACACGACUCGAGCUCUAUUGUGGCCAACGACGAGAAGUACAUCAAGUUGGAGGAGGAGUUUUCAGACUUGGCGACCAAGUACGUGAGCAUCGAAAGCGAGGUGGAGAACCUGACCAACGAAAACGAGACGCAUCUGAAGGACAUUGCCCUGUUGAAAGCAGAGCUGAAACAGAGCGAGGCGGCCGCCGACAGGUGCACCACGCUUUCCAGAACCAUGAUCGAGAGGAUACCCAACUUUGUGAAGCAGAAGGACAGCUUCUUCCUUAUUAUGGGCGACGCCAGCGAAAUACCCGAGCAGCUCCAGGAGUGCUACACGCGGUCGGUGGAGAAGUACCAGGGCGAGGACAGCUUUGAAAACCCUGCAGACGGGAACCUGAGUGACAGCGACAUCAUGAAGAUGCUCAAGAACGAGGUGAGAGACCUGCAGGCGGCGUUGACGCGAUCCGAGAACACGGUGAAACAGCUGGACAAGAUCUACAGCCAGAAGCUCCACGAAGAGAGAAGAACCAUUAUUAUGUCGUCGUUGCAGAAGACACUCCACAAUGAGUUCGUCAGCGAUCAUUCGAAUGCGGGCGCCCGUGCCGGCUUGAAGCACUUCCGGAUCGUGGACAUCUGUCCCUCGGCGGAGCCCCAGGGCGGGUUUCUGAGCCCCUCGAUCCCGAACUCCGCGUCCAGCCCCAGCCUGAACAACAACUGGUCGUCCUCGUCGGGCAGCAGCUCGCUCACCCCCGACCACUCGCAUUCCAGAGUGGUCUACCUCUCGCCCAUAUCCCCGCCCUCCUCUUCCGGCGGCUCGCCUACCAAGAGGAUCAGCCUCUACUCCGGGAACAGCGUCGACCACUUCAAAGAUGCCUUCUCCACAAUACCCAACUCCAGCAGCAACCCCACCAUUGCCCCAGGCCCUGCUGCUGCUGCCAACAGUUUCGACACCUCACUGGAAAUAGAGUACGAAACCUUUACUGCCUGA